AAAUAACCUCAAGAAUAACUUGGUCUGGUAUCUGUUGAGGUGAUCAUAUGUUGUCAAAGACUCCACCUCUGAAGUAGAGAGCAGCCUUCCUGGAGCUCAGUUAGACAUCACAGAGCUGUGAUCAUACGCACCACGAUGAAACAGAGCCUGAUAACAGCUCUAAUUCUCUGCAGCAUCAGCUGGAUCUCUGUCUCAAGUUCUGAGUCUCACACUGAGACUGUGGAGGGUCGGCCGGGUGGAGAAGUCACACUCACAUGCUCUAACCCGUCCAGCCGAGACGCUGCAACACUCUGGUUGAGAGUGGUCAACAGAACCAAGGCCAGCUUUAUCUCUGCGAUGUUCAGCUCUACAGUAAAACCUUUUUACAGUGAUGGAAUUCAAAAUGGAAGAUUCAACAUGAGUACCAACAUCUCCACUCUCUUUCUCCAAAUCAAACAUGUGGAUGUAUCUGACUCUGGACUGUAUUUAUGUGGAUUUUACAUCGGAGGACCUUUUCAUUUCAACGCAAUACACUUAAAUGUUAAAGGCAGCGAUGAAUCUCAUGACGACGACAGGAAGUCUGAAACAGAGUCUGAUGGAACAGCAAAGCUGAUGAGUUUGAUCCUGGGAGCUCUGACUGUUCUCCUCUUAAUGAUCAUCAUUGGUCUGGUUGUUAAAAACAGGAAACUUCAGAAAGCUGCCAAUGAAGAACAGAAUCCACAACAGCCUGAGAACCAGACCUCUGAAGAGCUGAACUACGCAGCUGUGGCUUUCCGUCCAAAAACAAGAAAAACAAGAGAAGUGGAGUCCAAUGUUGUGUAUGCUUCUACUAGAUAGACUCAGGAUGAAACCAGAGAAGAGUUCAGAAUAAAACUGAUGCUUUAUCAUAUUCAUCUGCAGAUGGUGGACAGGAGGACUGACAUCACUUUGUCAAAAGGACAAAAGAUGUGCAACCUUCUUCCUAGUUUGAAUUGUCAUCUCUUUUAAAUAUGUAAUUAGUCCACAUCAAUACAGAAAGAAGAUUUUGUAAAUGCUGACUUGACAGCAGUGCGUCUAUGCUGGUAUGGGAAAUACAAUUCCAGAGACACAGCAGCAAUCCAGUUUUACAUUUGACUUAAAAAAAAUUAACUACUCGCUUUUCUUUCUAUACUUGUCUCUGUUAAACUCUGACACUGUGUUUCAUCGGUAGUUCCACUUCCCCUCAGAUAAUACAAAGCAGCAUAAGUCUCAGGGAGGCUGUUUCUGUUAAUGUCAUGCACCUCAUUGGAAAGUACUGCUUGCUGCAUUACUUGUAAGAAAGGUGUUAUAAUAUUCCGAGACACGCGGUUAAACUGUUUCUGGACUACCGGAGAGGACCGUCCUCUUACAGGACCCCUUCUCUCGGUAGCAAGAUUCAUAACUCUUCUAGCACCCACAUUAAAUUGAACUGGAAAAAGACACAACCUCCCACUUUCACUAUGUUGAUCAAAGAUGUUAUGCAGCACCUAAAAUUGGAAAGACUCAGAUAUACAUUGCGUGGUUCUGUUGAAACAUUGUGUAGGACUUGGCAACCCUUCAUUGAUAUAGUAGAAGCUAGUCAACACAUACUGUAUCCCCUUGGCUCCUCCCUUAACACUUAGCUCUGAUAACUACCUGAGAUCUGAUGUCAAUAAGUAUGUGGAGCAGCUUUGUACUUUGAUUAUUAUCUAAUCUGAUUAUCUACAGUACAGGACCUAUUGUGUUUGUGUGUGUGUACGUAAAUGUUUUUGUAAAAGUAUUUCUGUAAUAUUUUAUAGAAUUUGUAUGCAAUAUGUUUGCUUUCUAAAAUACCAAUUAAUAAAUGUUAAAAAAAGAAAGGUGCAGUACAAAUGUUACUUAUAGAACGUAUUGUUAUUAUAGUAUUACUGCUUCAUACAAAUCACCAUAAAUACAUCAUUUCAGUGAGGUUUGGUAAUCGACUGCAUGAGAUUCUGAUUUAAAAAGAUGAAAAUAGUUUAAUUUCUGAGAGCAAACAAUUCUCAUCUCUAAUUCUACCAUCAGCUGCAUGACAAGAUGCAGCAAUGCUGAUGUUGCUAUUAGACACUUUGUUACCUGCAGGCAGUGAAUGCUAUUUUCUUUCAUUAUUUUCUUUUUAUUGGCAGUCCUCAGUGCUGUCACUGUAAAAAAAAAAUCUCAUUUUAUAAUAAAGAUUAUAUUAUAUUCAUGCAAAUUGUCC